GCGUCUGUGGAGCCCAGGAAGCGGUGCUCCUAAUUUCACAUAUUAUAGCGUAAAGGGCGAGUGAGGCACAGAAUUCUUCGGUCAAGGAGAAUGAAUGCAGUUAGUUAAAAUUCUGGGGAUAAUUCUGACCGACCUGCUCGGUUGUGCGGCUCUUGGUUUGGCGUUAUUUUGGUGUUGAUAUUGCCGAUGUUUACUGUGCAUACGUCAGAGACUCACAGAAAAGGGUAGCCAGUCGCCUUCACUGCCCGAACACUGAAGCGGAAAAUACGGAUAAACACAUUUUUUCACCCGAGUCGAGUGGUGGCGACAAGCCAAUAAGUGACUCUGGAGCAGGACGCGGAGGAUAGUAUGGCCAUGACUGGGGGGACUGCGGCCGCCCUCCCCAUGAGCAACCACACCCGGGAGCGGGUGACCGUGGCCAAGCUGACACUGGAGAACUUCUACAGCACCCUGCUUACCCAACAUGAAGAGCGGGAGAUGAGGCAGAAGAAACUAGAGAAGGCCAUGGACGAUGAGGGUUUGCCUGAUGAGGAGAAAGUGAUGCGUCGCUCUCAGCACGCUCGUAAGGAGACUGAGUUUUUGAGGCUAAAGAGGACACGACUAGGCCUGGACGACUUUGAGUCGCUCAAAGUCAUCGGACGAGGAGCGUUUGGCGAGGUUCGCCUGGUUCAGAAGAAAGACACUGGUCACAUUUAUGCCAUGAAGAUUUUGCGAAAAGCCGACAUGCUGGAAAAGGAACAGGUGGCGCACAUUAGAGCAGAGAGAGACAUUCUGGUGGAGGCUGAUGGUGCCUGGGUGGUCAAGAUGUUCUACAGCUUUCAGGACAAAAGAAACCUCUACCUCAUCAUGGAGUUCCUGCCCGGAGGCGACAUGAUGACUCUGCUUAUGAAGAAGGACACUCUGUCUGAGGAGGCCACUCAGUUCUACAUUGCAGAGACGGUGCUGGCCAUCGACUCCAUCCACCAACUGGGCUUCAUCCAUCGGGACAUCAAGCCAGACAACUUGCUGCUGGACUCCAGGGGACAUGUCAAGUUGUCUGAUUUCGGGUUGUGUACGGGACUGAAGAAGGCUCAUCGCACAGAAUUCUACAGGAACCUGACACACAACCCACCAAGUGACUUCUGUAAGUGUUUAUUUUGCCUUUUAUGUAGUCACUCGCCCAAUGCUUUAUUUUCAAAUUAUUUUCAUUGUUUGUCAGCCUUCCAAAAUAUGAACUCCAAGAGGAAAGCAGAGACCUGGAAGAAGAACCGGAGACAGCUGGCUUAUUCGACCGUGGGAACGCCGGACUACAUAGCCCCAGAGGUCUUCAUGCAGACUGGAUACAACAAGCUGUGUGACUGGUGGUCUUUGGGGGUCAUCAUGUAUGAAAUGCUGAUUGGUUAUCCUCCGUUCUGCUCGGAGACGCCACAGGAGACGUACAGGAAGGUGAUGAACUGGAAGGAAACGCUUGUCUUCCCUCCUGAGGUCCCCAUCUCAGAGCGGGCCAAGGACUUGAUACUGCGGUACUGCACCGAUGCUGAGAACAGGAUUGGAGCUGGGAGUGUGGAGGAGAUCAAAGGUCAUUCCUUCUUCGAGUCAGUGGACUGGGAGCACAUCAGGGAGCGUCCUGCAGCCAUCUCCAUCGAAAUCAAAAGUAUUGACGACACCUCAAACUUUGACGACUUCCCUGAAUCGGACAUCCUGCAACCAGCCAACUCUACAGAACCAGACUUCAAGUCGAAGGACUGGGUUUUCCUCAACUACACAUACAAGCGCUUCGAGGGCCUGACUCAGCGAGGAACCAUCCCCACCUACAUGAAGGCUGGAAAAGCUUGACGGCGUCUGUGGAACCACGGAGGAAACUUAAGACAUUGCGGACACAGGGUCGGGCCAUGGUGCCCAGCUGGUGCUGGAGGUCUCUACCUCUCGGCGCGAUUCUAAUGCUUAUCACUAUUAGUCCCGGACGUUGAGAGCUGAAGGAGUGUUGACACAUUACCUCAGUUGUUUUUGUAAACUCAACUUGUGCCGACGUUCGCCGCUGCUCUCAGGCCGCUCUGUUUGUCAUGGUUGGCCAUCUAAAAUGCUUUGGAACAGAUGCACAAAGCUCCCCUGUUGAUAGUUUCAACUCACUUAAGAUCCCAGACGCAUCAGGAAUAGCCUCUUCCUCAAGGUUGAUAAUGGAUUUAAAGGAGAAUUGCAGCAUUGUUUGAAUUAUUCAUUGCUAUAUUGUUGCCAUUCCCAUUCAUUUAGAGAUGAUAUUAUUCCAACCCAAAUGGGUCUUUUACAAGCAAGGUGAUCCGAUAUUACAAUCAGGCGGAGUUUACACAACAUUUAGAGGGAAGCAAAGCUGUUGAUUAAGAAGUUUUGGUAGUAUAGUUUUCACACCAUUUUAUCUGACAAGGAGCGAGACGUGUGGCUUUGUAUUUUACCUGAGCGUCAGAUGUCGCUGCCAUGGCAACCAUCACUGUAGCAGAUAUGUGAGCAAAGAUCACGCCUACUAUCUAUGGAGAUAAAGUCAUAUGUCACUUUUAUUUUAACCAACAACAUAAAAAACAAUAGUAUGUGCUCAUGUAUAGCUUCAGAAAUUAUGCAAAGGUGAGACCGAGUCCUAUGAGUCGAUCAUUUAGCUGGACUGCAAAUUAGAUUUGCAUGGUGCCGACGAGAAGAGAUCGAUGCUCAAUUCUCCUGUGAUAAUCCUCCUUUUGAGUGGUGAACUGAUCGAAGAGGCUGCUUUGGUGAAACCUUCCAGUUGCCAGGUAACAUGUUCUCGACACCUGGAAGCAGUUUUGGCUCGAUACACUGACAACCCAAUUGCCCUUCUUAUUCAUGCCAUGUUCUUUAUUAUCAAUCCCUUCCUUCAAAGUUGUAUUCAAGUGCCUUCACACUGCUCAUCAAUAUUUAACCAGAUGUGUCAGAGAUGAUCAGACAGCCGUUGAUCAAGAAAGAAAACGGGCCGAGUAUGAAAAAAAACAAAAGGGAAUAGUGACAGUGACCUUGCCGUCAACUUGUCGGGCUAUAAAAGGAAGAUAAAACAGCAAUAAAGUAGAGGCGUGAUGAAAUAUUUGGAGAUGUUUAUGGCUCAUUUAGUGACUCAUAAAAGCUGCUUGUUUCAAAGCGAAGACGAUGCACAAAGCUCUGUCGUCAAGCAAAUACUAAACUAUAUUGUAGUGAAUAGGGUGACGCUUCUUUUUUGACCUAUGUAGAGGUCACACUACUGAAAAUAUUAACCAAAGAUCUUUGAUCAUAUCCUGUUGUAGCUGCGCUUGCUGCACUUGACCUGAAACUACCUGACUUAAAACGGAUAAAGGAAAACUAGGUGUUGCCAAUUAACUCGUCAAAACAAUGUGAGGUGUCAAAUACAGGUGCAUUGUCAGCUUUAAACAGAUGGGGUCGCUGUUUCUGCAAAAUAAGAAAAAAAAUGUUCUGUAUUGGUUUAAAUGUUCACCCAGCAACAGGCCGUGGACACUCCAAUAAUGACGUGGACAGUUUUCAUUUUUUGUUUCUGUACUAUUUUUUAUGUUUAUGGUUUUUGAAGGAGUUUGGGAAUGAGUGCAAAAGUGUUUCCAUCAAACAUGACGUCUGCCUUGUUAUUAUAUCAUUUCAAAAAGCUCGCAGCUCUGUGUCCUGUGAUGCCACAGAUAACAGGAUCAGAUGAACUGUUUGAAUUCCUAGUCAAUUCAAUGUAGAUUUCUAACUCUCCUUGUUGGUCAAAUCGAAUGCCGAACCCAAAACGUAACCGCUGACUUUUAUUUAUUCACUUAUUUUUUUUCAGCUCACCUGGCACGACUGAGAAUCCGAGUUCCUUUUGAACUCCAUAUUUAAAAAGCUGGGGAUGAGUGUUACUUUAUAUAGGUAGCUCAUUUUCUCCUCUUUUGAAUCAUUUUAUUCAAUAUGUUUAUACUGAAUAAAGUAGUCUUUUUUAUUUUAACUUAGAUUUAGAUCAUUAUUUUAAAAUGACUCCAGAUCUCAUUUUGUUUUCAACCAGACUUCAUAUGUAUUUAUUUUAGUUGAAACUAAAUGCUGCUCUUUGCUACGGUUAAUAUUUAAAAUUACUAAUUAUGUUCCUGCUUUUACCACAGCAUUUCUGUUUUCAUUUUUUUGUGUUUUCAUUUUUCUAUCAAU